AGAAAAACUUUUUCAAGGAACUCAGGAUGUUGACAUUGACUAACUAGGACUCAUCUGCUUUAUCUAUUUUACUGCUCACAGGAGUUCACAAAUGAUUAUCUUCAAUGCCACUGGCUGAGCAAUAAUCCAUACUUAUCAGAUGCUGCACUGGAAUUGUCUCCAAAGAUGGAAGUUCUGGGUCGUAACUUCACAGGAGAUUCUGCAGAAACACCGUACUGUUUUCCACAAGUGAAAGGAUCCUGCCUACGAAGUCAAACACUGAUCCUUAUCAAGGUGGUCGUGUACAUAUUUGUAACCUUCAUCAUUCUGAUGACUAUCUGUGGGAACCUGCUGGUCAUCAUCUCCAUCUCUCAUUUCAGACAGCUCCAUUCUCCAACAAAUCUCCUCGUCCUCUCUUUAGCAUUCACCGACUGGUUCUUGGGGGGUUUUGUUAUGCCGUAUAGCAUGAUCAGAUCUGUGGAAAACUGUUGGUAUUUUGGAGAAACAUUUUGUAAGAUUCACUCCAGCCUUGACAUUACGCUGGGCAUUGCAUCUCUUUUGCACCUGGGUCUCAUUUCUGUUGACAGAUAUUUUGCCAUCUGUAAGCCUCUACAGUACAGGACCUCAGUAACCAUGCACAAGGUAGCAGCCCUUGUUGGAAUCACCUGGAUGUUUUCCUUUGCAUUUGGGUUUGGGGUGAUUCUCUCUGAAAGUAAUUUAAUUGGCAUAGAGGAGUUAUUCAUGAACUCUUGCACAGGCACCUGUUUAAAUAUUUUCAAUAAGCAAGGGGGGGUGAUAGCUUCUUUUGUGUCCUUCUUCAUUCCAGGUACAGUGAUGACCAGCCUCUAUAUGAAGAUUUUACAUGUUGCAAAAUUGCAAGCGAGAAAGAUCAACUGCAGCAUGGCAAUGACAAGAGCACUGCCUGAAAAAAAGUAUUGCACAUCUGAACAAAAAGAGAAGAAAGCUGCAAAGACUCUAAGCAUUGUUCUGGGGGUCUUUCUCUUGUGCUGGUUGCCAUUUUUCCUGAUGCUUACUGUUGAUCCUUUUCUUGAUUUUUCUACACCUGCUAUUGUAUUUGAUGCUCUUUCAUGGUUGGCGUACUUAAAUUCUACCUGCAACCCUCUCAUUUAUGGAUUUUUCUAUCCCUGGUUUCAGAAGGUGUUUAAAAUGAUGUUAUCAGGGCAGAUUUUUCAGAAUGGCUCUUCAUUAUUAAACAUUUACGCAGAUAACAAGUGAUCAAAAAUGCCUGUAAGAGUUUCUCAUACAGUUGUAAAAUGAUCACAUUUUUCUACCUGCUAUUUUAUGAAAUUAACCUCUCAGACAAGUUUAAGUAAAUCUCAUGCAAUAUGCCAUAUUAAUAUUUUUGAUGACUAAAAUAGUUUCAGAGGGAGGUGAUUUUCAUAAUAGUCAAAUGGUAAUUGGUCAUUGGAAAUAUCUUUUUAAGUGACAGAUUAAUUUAAAAUAAAUAAAAUGUGAAUAAUAAAUGAGCCAAAGAAAUACAUUACUCUUACAUGUAGUUAUGUUUUGGACUCUAAAUUAAUGACUAUAAAUGUAUGCUAUUGUGACCUGGCCUACGUACAACCAUUCUUUAGGUGGGUGAAAUUUUAUGGAAGAUCAAAUGUGACAAAAUUAAAUAAAUAUUUUGAUAAUUAAAUAAAUAAAAAAGCAA